AUGUCCUCCCUUCCUCAAUCAAACGGUAUCAGUGGUAUCAAGGCCGACCCAAAGGAUCCUUCCACCUUGGAAUCUAUUUCUUCGGCAAUAUACGGAUUAUCUUCUUAUCUUCCGACUUCCCUCACCUCCCUGCGCAAAGCUAACAUAGUAGACUCUCAACAUUCAAUAAAUUAUUGUACGGAUUAUAUACCACGUCAAUUUUCUGGCGAUACUGAUCCACCAUUGCAUCAGACGCCAGAUGGACUUUUUGAAAAAAAAAAAGAUGUGAUCGUGUACUCUGCAUUUGAUGAAAUUAUAUCGGUUAAUUCUGGUAAUGGUAGUGGUUCGGCAAGCCAAUCGGUCCUUAUGUUGGGUUAUCCCGACGGAUUUCAAAUAUGGAAUGUGACAAGUCCCGAUAACGUUCACGAACUCAUCUCCAUAAGGGAUGAGGUGAAGUUUGGUCAGGUCACGUGCAUUAAGGUAAUACCUAAUCCACGGAAUACGCCCAAGGAUGCUCGCGACAAGUAUGCAGAAGUUCGUCCGCUGGUUGGAAUAGUCUGUAUACCAGAAUCACCGCGAGAAAAAGUUCUGCAAGAUUCAUACUUAAAGCAAAAGAGUGUCUUGAAGAUUUUUUCGCUGAGAACACACCAAAUAGUAAAGCAUCUGGAUUUUGAGAAUGAGGGAAACAUCGUUGGAGUGGAUUGCAAUGAGCGUGCUAUUGUUGUGAGUCUUGUCAAUCCGGCAAGGCUUUUUAUCAUAUCACCUUUAACGCUGGCACCAUUAUUCCCUUCCCCGUUGCAAGAUGUGGCAAUCAAUCCAUCCACCAGGACUCCAGUUUUCGCAAUGGGCUCGCGAUUGUUGGCCUACGCAACAACGAGUAACCCACCCGAAAUUAAAAAGGACGGUUAUAUGAUAGGUGAUGGAGAUGGUGUAAUCGGAACAGCGGGCAAAUAUCAGGAGGUAGCCAAAGGUGUUGCAAAAGAGGUCGUCAAUGGCGUCAAGUUUUUAGGUGAUUUCGGACUUCAAACGAUCUCAUCAUACUUUACGAAUUCAUCUCAGAGUUUAACCGUUAAACCACAAUCAACCAUGCCUAUAAACAUUCAAAAUCACGCUGGUAGUAUGAGUCCAGCUUCACGUAGCUCUUUCUCGCCGCAACCUAGCCCAUCGAAUGGUUAUUAUUACAACCCGAGAAUGGGAGGCGUUACCAGCAAUGGUGGGGAAGGUGGCGGUAUUUCAAUUACCGGAAGCAAUGGUUUUGAAAGCGAUAAAGAAAAUGGUGCCGUGGGUGCGAUUAUCAUUCGUGACAUUGGCAAAUCAUGCAGUGUUCAGAAACAGCAACCUCCUGUCGUUGCACAUUUUGCCCCCCACACUCACCCGGUUGGAUAUCUAUCUUUCAAUCCAUCAGGAACAUUCUUAUUUUCCACCUCG